AUGGACGGACAAGGAGAGGAACAAAGACAACGCGCGCGCCUACUUCAACGUAAAGGGCUUUCACUCAUGCGUCUUACGAAUCCCCGACUCUCCGAAAGUGAUUCCAAAGCGGUUAUGUUGAUUGUUGCCAUUCUUCUCAAAAUUCCGACAAUAAUUGAUACUGAUGUCAAUACCAUGGAAUCAAGGUUGCGUAUGAUGUCUGAACCGACUCAAGACAGCCAAACGUCAUCUCUGCGGUGCAACUCGCCUAGAAAAUGCAGUACCAAGUUAUCUGCAUCUAAUUUGAGGGACUCCAUUUAUGAUUGCCACCCCGUCAUCUCCGAUUCAUCAACACAUGAAAACUCCACCAUUGAGCUUACCAUUCCAGUCCUUUCACACCUUUGGCCUGGGUUAUUAGAGAAAAAAAUUGCGUCAGCUUGCUUGCAGUGCUUCAAUAGCAAAAGCAACAAUUCUAUGGAAAAUCCAAGCCAUAACAAGACAGACAAUGAAAGUUAA